AUGGGAUUAGCUGAGAACCAAGUCUCAUUUGACUUGCUUGAAGAGUACUUGGAGACGCAUCCAGAGGCAUCUUUUUGGGGCAGAGGAGCUACUGGGUUCAGAGAGAAUGCCUUGUUUCAGGAUUACCAUGGCCUUCCCACUUUCCGAAAGGCGAUGGCAAGUUUCAUGGAGGAAAUCCGAGGCGGGAGGGCAAAAUUCGACCCUGGACGAGUAGUCUUAACCGCCGGAGCGACUGCUGCUAAUGAGCUAUUGACCUUCGUUUUGGCCGACCGCGGCAGUGCUUGGCUGGUCCCCACUCCUUAUUAUCCUGGAUUUGACAGAGACUUAAGGUGGAGAACCGGUGUGAAUAUCGUGCCCAUAAACUGUGAUAGUUCGAACAAUUUCCAGAUCACAACUCCAGCUCUCGAAGCAGCCUACGAGCUUGCAGAAUCAAUGAACAUCAGAGUGAGUGGAGUCUUGAUCACCAACCCUUCAAACCCGUUGGGCGUGACCAUCAGCCGGUCAGUCCUGGAGGACAUCCUCGACUUCAUAACGAGGAAGAACAUCCACCUUGUCUCCGAUGAAAUCUACUCGGGAUCUGUCUUCUCGUCCUCUGAGUUCGUGAGCGUCGCUGAGGUCCUCGAGGCACGUGAGUACAAGGGCUCCGAGCGGGUCCACAUUGUUUACAGUCUUUCCAAGGACCUUGGCCUCCCGGGUUUUCGAGUUGGCACAAUUUACUCAUACAAUGACGAGGUUGUGACCACAGCGAGACGGAUGUCCAGCUUCACACUGAUCUCUUCUCAAACGCAACACCUUCUUGCCUGCAUGCUGUCUGACAAGAAGUUCACAAAGAACUACAUUGAGGUCAACCGCACCAGGCUGAGGAAGCGGUAUGAGAGGAUCAUCGAGGGCCUGAGGAGUGCCGGGAUCGAGUGCCUAAAGGGCAACGCCGGGCUGUUUUGCUGGAUCAACUUGAGCCCUCUUCUCGAGAAACCCACAAAAGAAGGUGAAUUGGAUCUCUGGAGGACCAUGGUUCAUGAACUGAAGCUUAACAUAUCUCCAGGUUCAUCAUGCCACUGCUCAGAGCCAGGUUGGUUUAGGGUGUGCUUUGCCAACAUGAGUGAGCACACACUAGAAGUUGCACUUGAGAGGAUACACAAGUACAUGGAACAAAGAAGAACUUGACACACAUAUACGUAGAAAAUAUUUCUUUUUGUCCUCGUCAAAAUUAGUGAUCAUUCUUUAAUACAAGUGAAGAAAAAUAAAGGGUAAGACGUAUAAAUACCGCACCGUGUCCAA